UGUCUAGGUUUUAUUUGAGUGCCAGCCACGCUAGCAAAAGCACGCGUCACUCGCAAACGCUCCACAAACAGUUCAUCGACAAAUCGUUGACUGCUAAAUUGCGAUUAGUUAAAUGCAGUCCAUUUAAUUACGUGAAAUCCAGUGCUCCAAAAGCAAAGCUUGAACCGAAAAUCACGUUUUACGAUACUUUCGACUGGUGUCGUCGCGACAUCAGCUGCAUUUGCUUCCGCCUCGGUUUUUCGGUUGUGUGACUGUGCCUAAAUAUAAUCUGAAUAUUUGGUUAUAUAAGAAACAACUCCAUCAAAAUGAUAUUCGGUCCCUGCACUCGCAAGCAAAUACUCACAAUGAGCGCUCUGGCUGCUGGCAUUAUUUUGGCAGUUGUUGCCAUCAGUGUGUUUAGUCAAGUGGAGUCCAAGCAACCGCCCUGGGCAGCGGGCCACAGCUUUAACAAGUGCCACAAAACGUUGCCAAAUACGACGAGCUCAACGCUCGAAUUGGUGCACAUUGUAUUCAGACAUGGCAUACGAACACCCGUCGAUACAUUUCCUAAUGAUCCCUAUGUCAAGGACAGCUUCAAGCCCACCGGUUGGGGGCAUGUGACCAACCGUGGCAAGAAGGAGCUCUUUGAGAUGGGUCGCUGGCUGCAUCGUCGGUAUGGUGACUUUAUGGGACCUUAUUACAGACCCGACAGACUUCAUGCCCAGGCCACCGCAUCGCCUCGAGCACUGAUGUCGCUGCAAACUACGCUGGCCAGCAUGUUUGAGCCUCGGGGUACAGUCAUGGAGUGGAACAAGCAGCUCAACUGGCAACCCAUACCCAUUGUAUCGGAGCCGCUGGACCAAGAUUCGUUGCUCCUCGUGCGUACGUCCUGUCCACGUUACUUCGAAGCUCGUGAUGAAGUUUUCCAACUUCCUGAGGUAAUUGCUCAGCAGGAGCCCUAUGCGGAUAUGCUGAGGGAGCUGAGCAACCUGACAGGGAUGCCUAUGCGCGAUGCAGAGGAUGUGAACUCCUUGUACAUUACUCUGCUUGCUGAACAGGAGUUCGGCUAUAAGUUACCCAACUGGGCGAAGGACUACUUUCCCGAGCGCAUGAAAUUCCUCGCCGAACAGAGCUACAUCUACAAUGCGUACACUCCUGAGAUGCAGAAAAUCAAAGGAGGCCCAUUUUUGCGCAAAAUGUACGACGAAAUGCUGGCGAAGCAGGCGGGCAGCCUAAGGCCGAGGGAUCGCGGCAUGUUCAUUUACACGGGUCACGAUUGGACCGUGGGUAACAUAUUAUCGGCCCUGGGUCUUUGGAAGCGUCAAAUGCCGCGCUUUGCUGUUAUGGCCAUCUUUGAGACGCACCAGAAUCGCCAGACAGGAGAAUACUAUGUGGAGAUCUUUCUGCGUAACGAUGAAUUCGGAUGCCUGGAGCAGCUGAAACUGGCUGACUGUGAACUGCAGUGUCCCCUCAACCGACUCAUCAAGCUGAGUGAAUCAGUGCUGCCCAAUGAACCCAUGGAGCAGCGCUGUCGCGCUCAUAAUCCCGCUUUUGUGGAACCGCCGCCACGCAAAAUCGAUCAGUAAUAGUUCAUUCACAAGGCACUGUUUUGAAUGCUUGCACUCAGAAACCUCAGUAUUAGGCGGUGACCGUUGGUCACACAUAAAACGGCAAUAAUUACUAUAAAAAUCUCUCAAAAAGAAAGAAAUAAAAGUUAAUUGCUUGCUAUA